AUGGUACCACUGGAUGAGCAUCGACGUUACAAUUCCAGUACCAGUGGUCAAUUUCAAGCCAAGCUGGUCAUCAAGAACGUCCCGGGACCGGACUGGAUCCGCACGAUUCGCGGAGCAGAAAAUCUUGUCGGUUAUGAAACAUCCUUCCUGAGCCUCCGAGAGUUUUUCAACAACGAGAACGAAAUCGUGGGCCUCCAGCUUCAAGAACGCAUUAGCUGCAUGCAUCCCCUGUUUAACGUUUUCAAUAGUAUUACCUACCUGGAUGAAAAACUACUCGCUUGGGGAUUAGUUAUGCUGCUUGUGUCAAAAGCCACCGCUAAUGGAUCGGACGUUCAGAUCGCGGAUCACAAACGAGGAAAUGCGGGAGUUCUUCAAUCUCAACGGACUUUGGCAGAAGUUACCGAGACGGUUCGAACUUCUCAGCUCGUCCAUCAAGCAAUCCAAAACCUUCCGCCAUGCGGCAACGCAGGAAAUGAUCUGAGCGGGGAGAGUGCCAUGGUUUACGGCAACAAGAUCGCCCUGCUCGGUGGAGACCAUCUACUUGCUAGAGCGUUUCAGCAGCUGUCUACUUUAAGAAAUCAGGAAUUGAUCCUGCUUAUGUCAUCCGCAUUCCGUGACCUUACCGAGUCCAACUUCAUCGGCGAACGUGACGAUCAAAACAAUCCACUCCCUGGUAAACCGCUGUCUGGAGCAAAAGUUUACACUGAAGAAGUUGGCAGUUGGGAUAAGCAGGACUUUGGAGACCUAGACGAUAAUAUAGCUCCACUGCAGGUGGCAGGGAACCUCGGAAGUGCCGAGAUGGAGUGGUCUCUACGCAACUUACUUGCCGGUGGCAGUUUGCUCGGGAAAGGAUGCCAAGGUGCGAUACUGCUCGGUGGCCAUCCAGAGCAUUUGCAAAGACGAGGAUAUCUGUUUGGAAGACAUUUAGCACUGGCAUGGCAGGCCAGUCUCGAUUUGCAGCCAUUUUUGCCGACCAAGCUUCAAGAGGGAUCCAAGUUCAGCCUAGUUUCCGCACCGAUACUAUUCCAUCUGGAGCACGAGAAAACGCUUUACGAUGAAAUUGAAAAGGGCCUUGAAACAGUCGACAACAUUGACUACACCAAAGUCCAUCGGAUGGUAGCCCAGGGGCCCGGAGUCGAGAAAACGAAAGUUCUACAACGCAAGCACAGCGCGAUGGCGACGAGCAUCCUGCACGAGUUGCCGCUCACCGACGCCAGGGUGGCGCUGCAAAAUAUUUUACUCGCCAUGCAGGAGCUUUAG